CAAUGGCUUUGAACUACUUCUCUAUGGUGUUAAUCUCCACUCUUGUUUUGCCUUUUCUCCCAGCUGCAUGGGCACAAGCCAAACCCUCAGUUUCACGCGUCUUUGUUCAGUGUCUUCACCGAAAUUCUUUGCCGUCUCAUCCGAUUUCUCAGGCCAUUUACACUCCUGAAAACUCAUCAUAUGUCGAAAAUUUAAAUAUUUAUGCCCGAAACCUUAGGUUCUGCAAACGUGACACUCCGAAACCUCUGGCUAUUAUAGCUGCCAUGCAUGAGUCUCAUGUUCGAGCAGCCAUCAUGUGUUGUAACAAGACUAAUUUGUUGAUGAGGGUACGGAGUGGCGGGCACGACUACGAGGGCCUGUCGUAUACAGCCAACAUGCCCUUUGUCAUCCUAGACAUGUUUAAUCUUCGGUCUAUUGACAUUGAUCUGGAACAGGACACUGCAUGGGUGGAAUCAGGAGCACUUCUUGGUGAAUUAUAUUAUCGGAUCGCGAGCAUGAGCAGUACACGUGCUUUUCCUGCAGGUGUCUGUCCUACAGUAGGCGUGGGAGGGCACUUUAGUGGCGGUGGCUAUGGUACAUUGAUCCGAAAAUAUGGCCUAUCGGUUGAUAACAUUGUUGAUGCCAAAAUUAUGGGACUUGAUGGAAUUGUCAAGGACCGAAAGGCCAUGGGGGAGGAUCUUUUUUGGGCUAUUAGAGGAGGUGGAGGUGCUAGCUUCGGAGUUAUUUUGUCUUGGAAGCUCAAAUUAGUCCAGGUUCCUGAGACUGUCACAGUUUUCGUCGUUGACAAGACAACAGAACAAGGCGGCCUUGCAGAUAUCGUUUAUAAAUAUCAAAAUGUGGUCACAAAGCUUCCGAAAGAUCUGUUUUUAAGGAUGGAGCUCUCGACGAUCGGGGAAAAUAAGAAGACCAUUAAGGCCUCAUUCAUAGGUUUCUUCCUAGGAAAAACCAAAGAGCUGCUUGAGCUAACAAAGAACAAUUUCCCGGAGCUUGGAUUGGAUCAGCAUUAUUGUACCGAGAUGAAAUGGAUCGAGUCUGUACUAUACUGGGACGGAAUUCCCAAAGGAGCAUCAAUUAACGUGUUACUAGAGCGAGUUUGGCACAACAAAUCGUACACAAAAUCCAAAUCGGAUUUUAUAAAAAACAUUGUUCCAAAGCAAGGCCUGGAGUUCAUUUUCGCGAAAAUGGUACAAUUAGGAGGGGACAUAGUUAUGCAGUGGAAUCCAUAUGGAGGCCGCAUGGACGAGAUUUCGGAGAAUGCAGUUCCAUUGCCUCAGAGAGCCGGUUACUUAUUCAAGAUCCAACACAUUUUAUACUGGUACGAAAGCAGAGAGAGUCAUGCGGACAAAUACAUGAACGAAUCGAGACAAUUUUACGAGUCCAUGGCUCCGUAUGUGACGAGGUUUCCAAGGGAAGCAUUUCUCAACUACAGAGAUCUUGACAUUGGUGAAAAUGCUUUGUGCAAUUCUAGCUACACAGAAGCAAAAUCUUACGGGCUCAAAUAUUUCAAGGGGAAUUUUGAUAGAUUAGUGCAAGUGAAAACUAGAGUUGAUCCUACUAAUUUUUUCAGAAAUGAACAGAGUAUUCCUCCUCUUCUGGUGUAAAGGACUACUUUGCACGGAAAAUUUGUUAUAGAUUUUUGGGAAAUACCAUACAAUA